AUGAAUGUGUCCAACAACUGCAGCACCACAGAUCUACAACCUCACCCCCAUGUUCGCCUCAUUGAAUUUGCUCUGUACAGCCUCAUUUUCUUUUUUGGAGCACUGUUUAAUGUCCUUGCCUUCUGGGUGUUCUCCUGCAAGAUGAAGAAGUGGACAGAAACCAGGGUGUAUGUAAUGAAUUUAGUCUUUGCAGAUUUCUCUGUCAUCUGCACCUUGCCUUCCAUGGUUUAUUUGCUCUGGAAUAAGUCAGCCCGAGGGGAGCUCUGCCGGUUUACAGAGACAAUGUAUUUUAUCAACAUGUUAGUGAGCAUCUACAUCAUUUCAUUCAUCUCCAUUGAUCGAUACAUUGCCAUCAAGCACCCUUUGAAAGCCAGGGCCUUCAGGUCCCCAUCAAAGGCUGCCCUCCUCUGCGGGCUCCUGUGGGUGCUGGUCAUAGUCAGUGCCACCAUCCAGCUUGGGCACAGACACACAGAUCUCUGCUUCCAGACCUACACCCUGCCUGCUGCUCUCAGCCUGCUGGCCAUUUUCUUUGUUUUCACUCUCCCAUUAGCCAUCUUGAUCUUCUGCUCCACAGAAGUCAUCAGGAACCUCAAGAAACAUCUGAACACGAAUUCACCGGAGGAGAAAUCGAUCCAUAAAGCUGUACACAUUAUUUAUGCAAACCUGAUUGUAUUUCUGAUAUGUUUCCUGCCAGCCUGCCUUGGCCUGCUCACCAGGUUCAUCAUGGAGAGUGUUGGAGUUACCUGUUUCCUGCUCUGUGUCAUUAAGAACUUCUCCUCCGUGAUGAGGUGCAUUGCCACGUCCAACUGCUGCCUCGAUAGUGUCUGCUACUACUUUGUCACCAGGGAGUUCCAGGAAGCCUUUCUACAGCCCAAAGCCAGCACUCAACAACCAGAGGCAACCCACCCCUUGCAGAUAGAGACAUGCUAAAGGAAAAAGUGGAACAAAAUCCAGCAUCUGCAACAUAAAAAAGAAAUACAGCUUCAGGGCUAUUGGGAUAAGUAUUGCUCUUUUUCUCUAGCAAGUUCUUAGUUAGGUUUAGAAAUUUAUACUCUAUGUUUCCAUUAAACAAAUAGGUCACAGAGAUAUGUGAAAGUGUGUAUGUAAUCAGUUGUUUUUAAUGUGCCUCCAUUCCACCCUCCAGCACCUAUUUGUUACCGUUACAGCAAGACAGGUGAGCCAUGUACCUCUUUUAGUUCCUUCUGCAUCUAAAAUCUACUGAUCCUUCUUGCCAACAUGUACAAAUAUAUCUAUCAUGUUAUACUUCACUGUGUAUUUCAGGUUGUUUCCAUUAUUAAACGAAUCCAGUUGUCCCAGAUUGCAAGGCAAGAUGGAUUUUAUUUGCCAUCUGUAUGGCAGUUGUCUUCUAUUAAGUGAGCAGUUUUCCUUAUCUUUUCCACACCCACUCCUCCCUCGAGAGGGGACACCUGCUGAUAACAGGCUAUUGAAUGUCACUGCCUGACUGAUAAGAACUACAGCAUCCCAUUGUGAGAUGCUCUGCCCAAAGGGAGGAGCCAAGCAUUCCUACCUGGAUAUAAGCUGGAGAUUCUAGAACAGCAACACAGCUUCUCCUCUGGAUUUCCCCGAGGAACAGCAGCUGCCUCUUCCACUGGAUCUUAGGAGGAAGACUACACCUUUCUACAGGAUCCCUGCUCCAGCAGAACCACCCCUGGCAUUCCAGGAGGGCUGCAGCCACAAUUCCAGUGGGACUGCUGCCAGCCCCCGGACCCACAGGGUGUCAACAGGUUGUGUUCUGACUCUGUUAGUGUUGGUUUAAUUUACUGCAUUGUUUGUUUUAUCCUUUUAUUUUCUUCCCCAUUAAAGAGCUGUUAUUCCUGCU